AGAAAAAGACGAAGCCCAGUCUGCUCUGCGAGCCUGCACACUGACUGACUGCACACUCCCACGGCCACAUAAAAGGACCAAAUCACUGCUUCACCAGUUAGCAGGUAUGUCUGAGUUGGCGAGUCUGGUGCAGCGGCUGGAGGUGGCCGUGUGUCGCCUGGAGUCCAUGUCACCUGGAGGCAGCGGCGGUGGAGCUCCUGCUGGAGGAGCUGUAUCAGCAUACGUUGAGGCCUUUGACGAGAUCGUCUGCGGUCCCGUGGCCGAUUACCUCUCCCUCAGCAAGACGAUCGGUGGCGAUGUCCAGACACACGCAGAGAUAAUGAAGAAGCUAUUCACCCUUCAGAGAAAUUUCCUCGUUUUAGCCUCCACCCACCAGAAGCCCUCUGAUAAAGAUUUGAUGAAUCUCCUGAAACCCAUGUCCGAGGUGAUCGUUGAGGUGCAGUCGUUUCGCGAGAAGAACCGCAAGUCGGCAGAGUUCAACCACCUCUCUACCGUGAGCGAGAGCGUGCCCGCCCUUGGAUGGGUCAGCGUGGCCCCGAAGCCAGGCCCCUAUGUGAAAGAGAUGGAGGAUGCCGGCACGUUCUACGCCAACCGUGUGCGCAAGGAAUACAAGGGAAAGGACGACAAACAUGUGGAGUGGGUGAAAGCCUAUCUCAGGAUCUGGACCGAAAUGCAGGAGUACAUCAAAAAGCACCACACCACCGGGCUGACCUGGAGCAAGACCGGUCCCAUUGCUUCAGCCUCUGCAGCUCCUCCCAGUGCUCCUGCUGGUGGUUGUCCUCCCCCACCUCCCCCCGGUCCACCUCCUCCCCCCAUGGACAGUGCACCCAGUGGAGGUGGUGGUGAUGGCGGAGCGGCCAAUCGUAACGCUUUGUUCGCCGCCAUUAACAAGGGAGAGGGCAUCACCAGGGGCUUGAAGCAUGUGAGCGAUGACCAGAAGACCCACAAGAACCCUAACCUGAGGGCUGGGGGUCCUCCAGUACGUGCCGGACCAAAACCUUUCUGUUCCCAGACUCCCAAAGCUCCUGCGUCUGCCGCCAAGACGUCCACACAGCCCCCUGUGCUGGAGCUGGAUGGAAAGAAGUGGAAAGUGGAGAACCAAGAGGGAGCAUCCGACCUGGUGAUCGAGGACACUGAGCUCAAACAAGUGGUUUAUGCAUUCAAGUGUAACAAGAGCACCCUGCAGGUCAAGAAGAAAAUCAACUCCAUCAUUUUAGACAACUGUAAGAAAAUGGGCCUGGUGUUCGAUGACGUCGUGGGCAUUGUAGAGAUCAUCAACUGCAAGGACGUCAAGGUCCAGGUCAUGGGUAAGGUCCCCACUAUCUCCAUCAACAAGACGGACGGUUGCCAUGUCUACCUGAGCGAGGACUCUCUGAACUGCGAGAUCAUCAGCGCCAAGAGUUCGGAGAUGAACAUCCUGGUACCCAAAAAAGAUGAACCAGGGGACUUUGUGGAGAUCGCUGUUCCCGAGCAGUUCAAGACAGUCUGGGACGGCAAGAAGCUCGUCACCACAGCGACAGAGAUCGCCGGAUAGACGGGGGCUAGCAGGUGAAAAGGCAGCCCCUCCUCGACACCAUCCCCACCUCCUUUUUUUGCAAAUGCCUUCCUGACUGAUCGACCACCCCACCAGCUAACUCUUCACACUGUAGACUGAGAUUUGGACCGUUAUAUCUCCCUCCCUCCCUCCCGCAUCAGCCAAUCGCAGCUUAAGCUGUCCCUUCCAUCAGCCAAUGAGAGGACUGCUCGCUUUUAUCUGGAGCAAAAUCCUCCAGCCAAUCAGCAGGGAGCGGCUUGUCGUUCAAAUUGGUCUCUCCUCUCCUGUGAGCACUUUUCGAACACGUUCAUGAGUUUUGCCAAUAGCUGGGAUGCUCUGUGUGAUAUUUUGUAUCUUACCUGGAUAAUGCUACGCUAAAUUUAACACGUAGAACAGCCAACAUGGGAAUGAAAGCAGCCAAUCAGGCUCCGCUAUCGGGAUUAUUCUUUCUCCUCUUCCUGGUCAGGAGGGGCUGGUGUUUUUUUUUUUUAAAGUUGUGGCUUGAUAGGUUUUUGUUCCAUUAUAUGCAAACCACUGGUGACGCACUUGUCAAACAAAGAGGAUAAUGGCAUCCAUAUCACCUCCGCUGACUUUAACUCAUAGUGGAUAAUAAUACGAAAAACUCUCAGAGCACAUAAAUAGGAUUAAAAUCAAGUUGUGUGCACGUCAUGAACUUCUCAUUUAGAUGAUGUUGGAACAAUAAAAAUGAUCAUUCCAUGUGCUUUCCCUUAAAUCCACACAUAGGACAUUCCCGAAAACUAAAAAAAAACAUUCCAUACAAAAGAGGCAUGUAAGGAAAAGUUUGCGAUAAAGAGAAACAAAGUGGAAGAGAGAGACUGAAGGACAUCAUGAAAUGCUUCACCUCCACCUCAGUCUCUAGAUUGGAAAUAUCUGCUGUAAUCAUCUGUAUAGAUAUCAAUAAUUACUAAAUAAGUCUUAAAAUAUUAUCCCGACCAUCGACGUCUCUCCACUCGCUCACGUCCGCACUCUUCGGUUCAGCUCUUGAAGCUGUUCGCUGAAUUUUCUUUUAUAUCGUCUCUUUCUUUUUACCUCCUUUUUAUUGUUUCGGGUCCAAAAGUCAGAAUUUUUGCUCAUUAGUACCGGAGACAUCAUUAAAACAUGUUGCAAUAAAA